GUGCCUUCGCCAUUUUCGAGCUCAUACCAUCAGUAGGAGGAGCUAAAUUUCAGAAAUGAGCUUGCUUUUAAGAUUUAAGCACCAUUUACCAAAUGGGUUGUGCAAAAAAUCCCAUCUUGUAGCUCUUAAUGCUUUGAAUCCUAAUGGGCAAUCGAGAAAUUUUAGUCAGCCGGCAAGGAAAGAGGAGGAGGAUGAGGAGGAAGUGAAGAUUGAUCCGAGGAGGCUUCCGGCGGAUUAUGAUCCAGCGAAUUUCGAUCCGACAGAGCACCGAAGUCCUCCGACUGAGCGUGUUUGGCGGCUGGUAGAUGAAAUAUCAGGGCUCACUUUGGCUGAAAUUGCGGAACUGGGUUCUAUUAUAAUGAAGAAGCGGGGAAUGACGGAGCCGCCGACGGUGGGGGUAAUGAAGGCUGGUGCUGCUGGAUUGGCUGGAAUGGCGGUGAAGGCAUCGGCCGCAGCAGCUAAGGAGGAAGCGAAGCCAGAGAAGACUGUUUUUGAAUUGAAAUUGGAAUCAUAUGAAGCCACUGCAAAGAUCAAAAUCAUCAAGGAGGUUAGAUCUUUUACUGAUUUGGGUCUCAAGGAAGCUAAGGAUUUGGUGGAAAAGACACCUGCUGUGUUGAAAAAAGGAGUUUCCAAGGAAGAAGGAGAACAGAUAAUUGAGAAGAUGAAAGCACUUGGGGCAAAGGUUGUAUUGGAAUAGAUAGUAGAGUUAUCAGGUGAUUGUACCUUAGAAUUUUCUGGAUGUAGUUCUGUUCAAAUGUUUCAACUUUGCAGAUCCAUUUGGACAAAAAAAAAAAAAAAUUGCAAAUUUUUGGUAACCAUGUUUGCAGGCUAGUGGUUUCUCUUUCACCCUUAUGAUCUCUGAGCUCAUAUUUUGGUGGUGUCCCAGCUUCUAUGAGCAUCCUUCAAGAUGGCACAGUUUGUGGAAUACCUAUGGUAUUGAUUGUUAUUUUUUCCGUACUUCGGUUGUUGCUCAGUUUUGAAAGGAAUAAUGAAACAUGGUUAGAUUAUGCUGCCUAAUUCAUUUUCUGUGGUUGCUUGCCUCUUGCAUCUUCUGUAUGGACUAAGGACUACUCAU